UACAGGCAAGUAUUAGCAAAAAAAAAAAGUACAGGCAAAAGGGAAACCCCAGCGCGAGAGAAGGAUCCAGCGUCGCCCUCUCCGUAAUUCCCAUUCCCACGCCUCCUCUCCUCGACAUCAAUUAAUUACUCAAUCGAAGAACAAAGAAGAAAGAAGAAGAGGGCUAAGAUGCCGAAGAAGAUGGGCGUGAACUCCAAGGCGGAGGCGGCCCGCGAGCGGCGUGGCGCGGUGGAGGCGGAGCGCAAGGAGCGCGCGGCCCGCGAGAAGGAGGAGGAGUACUGGCGAGCGGCCGAGGGCUCCAAGUCCCGCGCUAGCAAGAAGCGCCAGGAAGAGGCCGAGAAGCGCGCCGAGGCCGCCGCCCGCAAGGCCGAGAACCGCAAGCUCGCCGAGCUCGAGCAGCAAGAAUUGGAAAAAGCCGGCCGCAAGCCCGACCACAAGGCUAGCCGCGUCUCCAUCCCCGCCGUCCCCAAGGUCACCGAGGCCGAGCUCGAGCGCCGCCGCCAGGAGGAGCACCAGCGCGUCCUCCGCAACGCCGAGGCCGCCAAGAAGCGCGAGAGCCGCACCGCCGACGAGGAGGAGUACGAGCGCACGGUCCUCGUCGCUAACACCAACCGCGAUGACUCCGUCAUCGAGGCUCACUCCGUCGAGGACGCCAUUGCCCGGAUGGCCCUCUCCGAGCCCCAGCUGUCCCCGGAUCGCCACCCCGAGAGAAGACUCAAGGCCUCCUUCAAGGCUUUUGAAGAAGCGGAGCUUCCCAAACUGAAGGAAGAAAAACCAGGUCUGACCCUCAACCAGUACAAGGAUAUGAUAUGGAAGCUAUGGAAGAAAUCCCCAGACAAUCCCCUCAACCAGGGUGCUGAGUGAACAUAUCGGAUCGAUUGUUCGGUAAUCACAGGUGAUUGGAGCAUACAGAGAUGCAUUUCUACUGGUUGUUUGCAUCAGAUGGAGCUGCUUGUACUUUACAGUAGUGUUGCUUCAUGAGAGAUCUGUGUAGGCCAAAAAAACACCAUUAUUGGGUACCUUUGUUGAUAAUAAGCAGUUGCGAGUGGUGUAUAUCAGGAGAGUGCAGCAUAGUUGGAAUUAAUAAGAGAUCUUACUGAGUUACUUUUCUUUAUCUCGGCCGAGAAACCUGUUAAACUUAGGCUUCUGUGUAUUAGGAACCAGAGUGUUGGUGCCAUAUCUGAAACAAGGGUGGACAUAUACAAGCUAUAGUCUAUAUGAUAUGAUUUAUUGUGGUUGUGGAGGAUACUAUUUGCUGAAUGGAUGAUGUCAAUUUGUUUAUCUAGACCUAAAGUUCAUUUGGUAUAAGCGAUCCUGUUUUCUUUUUUUUUUUCUUAAGAUCAACAGUAUCUCUCUAAUGUUAUAAGCUUGAACUAUGUUUACCUAGAAAUGUGUGAAUCUGCUACCAUAAAUAUGCCCCUUUCAAUGUAAGAGCCAAGGUUGGAUACAAGCUGCAUUUCGGAUAUACAUUUUGUCUGCCGAAGGUC